AUGGCGGCGGGCUCCGAUUUACUGGAUGAUGUUUUUUUCAACACAGAGGUGGACGAGAAAGUAGUUAGUGAUCUAGUUGGAUCUUUGGAGUCUGAGCUCACGGGAUCGGGUCGUGGAAAUUCUUCGGUCAGGGUCCAGUCUGCAGCAAAUCACAUUGACAACUCCGCUGUAGGUCGCAAUUCCAAUGUCCAGGACAGCAAAAUGGGACUUUCACAAGAGCUUGCUAAACCAGGUAAGAUAGCUGACUGGUUAGCUAAUUUUGGUCACGUUGUUUUUCUGUUUUCGUCUCUUUUAGCCACACAAUUUGACAACUCCUGCUUAUACAGCUGCAUAUUUUCAAUUGAUAGAUAUUCGAUAUUUCCAUCCCUCUCAUGUGUUUCCUCUCCUGUAGGGACUGGCGUGCAAGGGGGUGUCAUUAAUAGUAGGAGGUCCCAGGGUUCAACCAUGUAUGCAGCGAUCGGGACGACGGCGGCGGGCUCGAGCAUGACAGCCGGGCACAGUCCGAGCAAGACUGGGACAGUCAGUGGUGUGGUAACGGUGGUUCCCGAUCACGGGGUAGGGAUCAGAAAAACUGGGGCGGCUGGUGUACAAACUUUAAAUGGAAGUAGCGUUGUGAUAAACUCUCAUAAUUCAGGAAGUGUUGCCGCUUUGGGGUGCUCAGCAGGCAGCACAGUGGCCGCCGUCGCGGUUGUCAACAACGGACCGAGCUCCGUGGUCAAAGGAAACACAAACUUACCCUCAACUUCCAGCACUGUUAUUCAAACACCUGUUAUGCACAAUGCUGUCACUUCACCUGUGAUAUCGUCUCAGCUGUCUGUUCUAAACGGUGUGCCCACUGUCACGCUCGUGAGGCCGCCUAUGCAAACACCCGGAACAGUCACCUCGCAGAGCGGGAGUAAUAAUACCGUUCUGAUACCAUCUGUCGACGUUGCCCACCCUGCAAGUUCAGGAGCUCAAAUCAACAAGUUGGAGUUGCCAAAAACGACCAUACAAACGACUUCACAAGUCGCCGCCCCCAGUGUUGUAGGAAAAAGUCUGGUUUUACAAAAUGUGAGGACCUCCAUCCCAUCGACUAUUGCAGGCAGUCCUGGCGGGAUAAAGGCGAUCGUGCCACAGGUGUUCUCCCCGAGACUUCCGCAACCCCAACAGAAUGCUUCAAACAUCCAAAACAUUCAGCUCCCUCCAGGUAACUUUCAUUCUCAGGUGACAUUGUAUAGCUGAUUCAUUGAAGCAUGUGGCAUGUUUUGACGUGGUACAGUAGCCAGUUAGGGAGAAGUCUGCAUUAGUGGGACAUUUUUUUGAGGGUACUGUCUAACUGUACUAUAAUUUUGCAGCCCAAUCACAACACAUGUUAUUUGGUUGUUGCUGAAUGUGUUCUGUGCAUGAAAAAAUGGUUUUGGUGAGUGUGACAUCAUUGUAGUGUGUGUGGUCAGGUUUCUUAGAUGGAGUGACUUGUUGAAACUCAUGAAAAACCGGCAUACAUAGGAAACAUUGCACUAUAAUGAUAAGGCUGUCAUUCUGUAAAUUAUAAUUAAACAAUCUAGCUUUUCAUGUUAAAAUGAAUAGUUAUUGGUAGUGUUUUGAAAUAUAAUAACCAUUUAUGUAAAUAGUAAUAAUAUUUAUGAAAAUCUGAUUAUAGUGGUGUCCCACUUACCCUGAAUGGUGUUUGAAUAGUGGGACAGGGACCUUUACGGCUAUUAAAAUACACAAAAUAAACUUUUAAUCAAUUUAAAUGUGAAUUCUUUCAUUAGAUAUUCUAAAAUACAUUGAAAUAUGUUCUUUUAGUUGUUUCUAACAUCUGUAAAUCGUUUCUAGAUGCUAUUUAGCACAUAAACAGCAUAGGAUGACGGUGGAUGGAAUUAGUGGGAAAUGGCAAGAGUAGGAAAGGAAAGAAAGGCCAAUGACAAGUAAGAAAGGGAGGAUAGAAGAGGCAUGAUUUAUGAAAGGGGACAUCGUUUGGUGGGGCAAUAGAGGGGUUUCAGGAUCAAGUAAAAGCUUUGAAGACUCUGUUAGUUAGAUUUUCAUCAAGAGCUUGGAAUGUCCCCAAAUACAUUUUCCAAGGACAUUGAGAGGGUCUAGUUGGCUGUCUUUUUUUCUUUUUUUUUUUACAGAUGGUGUGUUAUCUAUAAGCCUCUACAAAGUAUUAUUGAUGAUUUCACAACAAGUGUCAGGUGAAGUGGGACGCUGUGUUCUUAAUGAGAAAAUAGUGUCCCACUUCAUCUACUUAAGUGUCCCACUAGCAUUGAAAGACACUUCAUCAAAAGUAGGGAUCUGAUGUUGUUUUAGGGGUUGUAGCACCUGAAUUAAUUGAAAUAAACAUCACUUGAGUAGGGGUACACUGAUUUUGAUUGUCUACAUAGCGAUCUACCAAAAAGUGUCCCACUAACGCUGACUUCACCCUAUGUCAGUUAGCCACAGUGAGUCGAGAGAGGAUACAAUGUAGCUUGCUGGCAGCAUAGUGUUUAUUUUCAACACUCUCUGUGAAACAGAAACUUUUUUGCAAACUUGUAGUUAACAUUCGCUAUGUUGUAUCAGCUACAGUUGACAUCGCUGCUGCACCUUUCGUUUAUCAGACAAAACUCCCUGUGCAUGUGCGUGUGUGUUUUGCUGUCAGUUGUUUAUGCUCCACGAGCACACUGACCUGUGGGAACGUUCUAUUGAUUCUGCCUACUUGUGUCGCCUGUAAAAUCACACACAGGCUACCCUGGCACACCAUGGAUCGAUUAUCAAUAGGCACGCUGACACCAUAGCGCAUCAUGUAACGUAGUUUCAUGCACGUGUCAAAUUUUCUGUGGGAGUUGCAUGUCUCACAGGUUCUGUCUAACAAUGCUAGCUCUAGUUAAGCUCUCCACUGAGAGCUGAACGUUUUUUUUUUGUUGUUGUGAUAAGUGCUUUUUUAUUGUCACUUUUCUGCGAAGAGUGGCUAACACUGUAUUUUCUAACCAAACAAAGUGUUCCAUAGUUAUUAAUAAGAUAUGUAUUUGUAUUUAGCCAGUAAGUGUCUGUCUGUUGAUCUAUGACCCCUGUUUGACUUCUUACCCCUGACUCCUCCAUGCCCUGUGCAGGCAUGGUGCUGGUGCGCAGUGAGAGUGGGCAACUUUUGAUGAUCCACCAGCAGACCCUGGCCCAGAUGCAGGCCCAGUCCCAGUCCCAGAGCGCCAUGACCCCACGGGCAGCCACCCCCACCAGCACUCCCCCUGUCCAGAUCACCUCUGUACAGGUACACACACACACACACACACACACAAAUCAUCUCUUACCUACAGUGAUGGAGAGAUCACAGUGUGACAUCCUGAACCCUUGUCCUCUCCUCUGUCCUGCAGGCUCCAGGGAUGCCCAUGAUGGCCCGUCAAGUGACCCCCACCACCAUCACUAAGCAGGGCUCCCCGGCCCAGACUGCUGUCCAGGCCACCACUACCCUCCAGAGGCCUCCUGUACUACAGCAGGUAGGUACACAACUCAUCCCCCUAUUCUCUUCCAUUCUCUUCAAUCUCCCCCCUUAGUCUCCUUUCAUACCCUGCUUCCUCUGACCCAUCUCCUAUAGAACACCAUUAUGCUGGGUGGGGUGGCUGCCACCCCAGGUCAGGCCCCAGUGCAGCCUGGCUCGGCAGCAGUCACCCAGAGAGCAGGGACCCCUGGAACUACUGGGACACCAGGCACCCCCAUAGUCGCUUCUACCACGGUCAGACAACACUCAUCUACUCCCUCCUUCCAGCAUUUGUCUACUCCUAAAUAGUCAUGCAGUGGUCCUAACUUGUGUAUUUGUGUGUGUAGGAGAUCCUGGAGAACGUGAAGAAGUGUAAGAACUUCCUGUCCACGCUGAUCAAGCUGGCAUCUAGCGGGAAGCAGUCGCCUGAGACCACAGCCAACGUCAAGGAGUUAGUCAAGAGCCUGCUGGUACGCCUGUCUGGUCAUCUGUCUGGCCGUAUGUGUCUAUCUCUCUGUCUCUUGCACUCACUCUCACUAUUUUUCUCACUCUGUCUUUCUACAUUGUCUGUUUUUCUACCACCGCAGGAGGGUAAGAUCGAAGCGGAGGACUUCACCAGUCGGUUAUACCGGGAGCUCAACUCCUCUCCUCAGCCAUAUCUUGUGCCUUUCCUCAAGGUGAGACUGAUGGCUUUUCCCUUCUAAUGUAGCUACAGUUGAAGUCGGAAGUUUACAUACAUACACCUUAGCCAAAUACAUUUAAACUCAGUUUUUCACAAUUCCUGACAUUUAAUCCUAGUAAAGAUUUCCUGUCAGUUAGGAUCACCACUUUAUUUUAAGAAUGUGAAAUGUCAGAAUAAUAGUAGAGAGAAUUAUUUAUUUCAGCUUUUAUUUCUUUCAUCACGUUCCCAGUAGGUCAGAAGUUUACAUACAUUCAAUUAGUAUUUGGUAGCAUUGCCUUUAAAUUGUUUAACUUGGGUCAAACGUUUCGGGUAGCCUUCCACAAGCUUCUCACAAUAUGUUGGGUGAAUUUUGGCCCAUUCCUCCUGACAGAGCUGGUGUAACUGAGUCAGGUUUGUAGGCCUCCUUGCUCGCACACGCUUUUUCAGUUCUGCCCACACAUCUUCAAUAGGAUUGAGGUCAGGGCUUUGUGAUGGCCACUCCAAUACCUUGACUUUGUUGUCCUUAAGCCAUUUUGCCACAACUUUGGAAGCAUGCUUGGGGUCAUUGUCCAUUUGGAAGACCCAUUUGCAACCAAGCUUUAACUUCCUGACUGAUGUCUUGAGAUGUUGCUUCAAUAUAUCCACAUCAUUUUCCUUCCUCAUGAUGCCAUCUAUUUUGUGAAAUGCACCAGUCCCUCCUGCAGCAAAGCACCCCCACAGCAUGAUGCUGCCAUCCCCGUGCUUCACGGUUGGGAUGGUGUUCUUCGGCUUGCAAGAACCCCCUUUUUCCUCCAAACAUAACGAUGGUCAUUAUUUUACAUUUUACAUUUUAGUCAUUUAGCAGACGCUCUUAACCAGAGCGACUUACAGGAGCAAUUAGGGUUAAGUGCCUCUCAAGCACAUUACUCAUUGCAGCCUCUUAGCCAAGCACUCACAAAUGGGUGCUCACCCAAGCAGUGGAUACCACUUACAUUGGGUCGGGGGGGUUGGGUGGGAUACUUUAUCCUUCCAGUACCUUAAGAGUGGUUUCAAAUCUCCGAAGGUGGAUGACUCGCUGUCAUUAUGGCCAAACAGUUAUAUUUUUGUUCCAUCAGAUCAGAGGACAUUUCUCAAAUAUAGCGACAUUUCAGGUUAUGUCGAUAUAGGACUCGUUUUACUGUGGACAUAGAUACUUUUGUACCUGUUUCCUCCACCAUCUUCACAAGGUCCUUUUGCUGUUGUUCUGGGAUUGAUUUGCACUUUUCGCACCAAAGUACGUUAAUCUCUAGGAGACAGAACGCGUCUCCUUCCUGAGCGGUAUGACGGCUGCGCGGUCCCAUGGUGUUUAUACUUGCGUACUAUUGUUUGUACAGAUGAACGUGGUACCUUCAGGCGUUUGGAAAUUGCUCCCAAGGAUGAACCAGACUUGUGGAGGUCUACAAUUCUUUUUCUGAGGUCUUGGCUGAUUUCUUUUGAUUUUCCCAUGAUGUCAAGCAAUGAGGCACUGAGUUUGAAGGUAGGCCUUGAAAUACAUCCACAGGUACACCUCCAUUUGACUCAAAUUAUAUCAAUUAGCUUAUCAGAAGCUUCUAAAGCCAUGACAUCAUUUUCUGGAAUUUUCCAAGCUGUUUAAAGGCACAGUCAAUUUAGUGUAUGUAAACUUCUGACCCACUGAAAUUGUGAUACAGUGAAUUAUAAGUGAAAUAAUCUGUCUGUAAACAAUUGUUGUAAAAAUUACUUGUGUCAUGCACAAAGUAGAUGUCCUAACCGACUUGACAAAACUAUAGUUUGUUAACAAGAAAAUUGUGGAGUGGUUGAAAAACGGGUUUUAAUGACUCCAACCUAAGUGUAUGUAAAUUUCCGACUUCAUCUGUAGCUAUACACACAAACAAAUUCAAGUGGCCAACGAUGCAAUAUACUGUAGAUGAGAGAAUGAAUUGUGUUCUUCCUCCCCAUCUCCAGAGGAGUCUUCCUGCACUGCGUCAAAUGACCCCAGACUCGGCAGCCUUCAUCCAGCAGAGCCAGCUGCCUCAGGCUAGCGCCCAGCCUGUCGCCUCCUCCAAGGCCUUGACUGCUGUGGUGCUGGGGGGCAUGGCUGCCGCACAGAGAUCCCCUCUCAACAGCAGCAGCCCUGGGGCCAAAGGGACCAUGCACCAGUCUCCUGUCAUCAGCCUGGCCCAGACGCCUCAUAGCAAGCCUGGCCUGGUAUACUAUAUCCUAAUGAUACUCCACUGUGUGUUUCCCCUAUUGUAUAGGCGGGGUGCCUUGUUGUUUUAAUGUCAUAUGAAGUCUAUAUGACUGUAUGUUAUGUUGAGGGAUGACCCCAAGUGUAUCACCCUUUUCACGCUACUUGGCCAAGCCGAGCUGCAGUCGGCUGGCCUGGUUACGCAGCCACCAUAGUUGCUGAAACCAUACUGGAAAGGACAAUGUGAAAAGGAAAUACCCGAGCCUGCACAGUAAGGUUCAGGUCUGCUCUCUUUCUUCCUCUGGCCUCUCUCGCUUUCUCUCUUUCUGUUUUCUCUCUCUCUCUGGUCUCUCUCUGUCUCUCUCUCUCUGGUCUCUCUCUCUCUGGUCUCUGGGCUCUCUCUCACUCUGUCUUUUUCACUCUGGGCUCUCUCUGGUCUCUCUCUUGGCUCUCUGGCCUCUCUGUGGUCUCUCUGGCUCUCUCUCUGGUCUCUCACUUUCUGGCCUCUCUCUGGUCUCUCUCACUGUCUGGCCCCUCUCUCUCUCUGGCCUCUCUCUCUCUGGCCUCUCUCUCUCUCCAUCUCUGGCCUCUCUUUCUGGCCUCUCUCUGGCCUCUCCCUCUCUCUCUCUGGUGUCUCUCUCUCUGGUCUCUCUCUGGCCUCUCUCUCUGGUAUCUCUCUCUCUCUGGGCUCUGUCUCUCUCUGGCCUCUCUUUCUCUCUCUCUCUCUGGUCUCUUUCUCUGGCCUCUCUGGUUGGUCUCUCGUCUCUUUCUCUUUGGCUCUCUCUCUUUGGUCUCUCUCUCUCUGUAGAUGGUUCCUCAACAGCAGGGGGCAAUGGCGAGGCCUCAGGUGACUCUGGCCCAGUCACCCAUGGUUACGCUGCAAGGCCAGCACCACAGUCGCAUCAUCAUGGGACAGCCGCAGGUGGUCAAACAGCUGCAGACAGGUGUGUGUGUGUUUGUUUUGUAUUUUCUGUGUCCCAUUUUUAGACAUCAAAACUAUGAAAUAAACAAAUCAAAAUAUAUUUGAGAUUCUUCAAAGUAACCGCCCUUUGCCUUGAUUACAGCUUUGCACACUUGGCAUUCUCUCAACCAGCUUCACCUGGAAUGCUUUUCCAACAGUCUUGAAGGAGUUCCCACAUAUGCUGGGCACUUGUUGGCUGCUUUUCCUUCACUCUGCUGUUCGGCUCAUCCCAAACCAUCUCAAUUGGGUUGAGGUUGGUGGAUUAUGGAGGCCAGGUCAUCUGAUGCAGCACUCCAUCACUCUCCUUCUUGGUAAAAAGCCCUUGCACAGCCUGGAGGUACCCUCCCUACCUUGUCACAACACAACUGAUUGGCUCAAACACAUUAAGAAGGAAAGAAAUUCCACAAAUUCACUUUUAAGAAGGCACACCUGUUAAUUGAAAUGCAUUCCAGGUGACUACCUCAUGAAGCUGGUUGAGAGAAUGCCAAGAGUGUGCAAAGCUGUCAUCAAGGCAAAGGGUUGCUAUUUGAAGAAUCUCAAAUAUAUUUUGAUUUGUUUAACACUUUUUGGGUUACUACAUGAUUCCAUAUGUGUUAUUUCAUAGUUUUGAUGUCUUCACUAUUAUUCUACAAUGUAAAAAUAAAGAAAAAUCCUGGAAUGAGUAGGUGUGCCCAAACUUUUGACUGGUAGUGUGGAUAUAUAUACAACCCCUUAUUUUUGGCACUAAAGUCUCCAUAUACAGUAUAUAGUGCAUUCGGAAAGUAUUCAGACCCCGUGACAGCCUUAUUCUUAAAUGGAUAAAAUCGUUUUUUUCCCCUCAUCAAUCUACACACAAUACUCCAUAAUGACAAAGCAAAACAGGUUUUUAGAAAUGUUUGCAAAUUUAUUACAAAUAAAAAACGGAAAUAUCACAUUUACGUAAGUAUUCAGACCCUUCACUCAGAACUUUGUUGAAGCAACUUUGGCAGCGAUUACAGCCGCAAGUCUUCUUGGGUAUUACGCUACAAGCUUGGCACACUUGUAUUUAGGGAGUUUCUCCCAUUCUUCUCAAGCUCUGUCAGGUUGGAUGGGGAACGUCGCUACACAGCUAUUUCAGGUCUCUCCAGAGAUGUUCGAUCAGGUUCAAGUCCGGGCUCUGGCUGGGCCACUCAAGGACAUUCAGAGACUUGUCCCGAAGCCAGUCCUGCAUUUUCUUGGCUGUGUGCUUAGGGUUGUUGUCCUGUUGGAAGGUGAACCUUCGCCUCAGUCUGAGGUCCUGAGCGCUCUGAUUUUCAUCAAGGAUCUCUUUGUACUUUGCUCUCGUUCACUCUUUCCCUCGAUCCUGACUAGUCUAACUCCCGGUGCGCAGUGUCUAAGGCACUGCAUCGCAGUGCAGCUGUGUCCACUAAGAUCCUGGUUCGAAUCCAGGCUCUGUCGUAGCGGCCGCGACCGGGGACCCAUGGGCGGCGUCGCACAAUUGGCCCAGCGUCGUCCAGGUAGGGGAGGGAAUGGCCGGCAGGGAUGUAGCUCAGUUGGUAGACAUGGCGUUUGUACGCCAGGGUUGUGGUUCGAUAAAAAAUUAUUUGCACUAACUGUAAGUCCUCUGGAUAAGACGGUCUCUAAUGUACUAAAAUGUAAUGUAAAAUUGUGUCCUCUCCCCAGUCCCUGCCUGAAAAGCACAUCCCCACAGCAUGAUGCUGCCACCACCAUGCUUCACUGUAGGGAUGGUGCCAGUUUUCCUCCAGACGUGACACUUGGCAUUCAGGCCAAAGAGUUCAAUCUUGGUUUCAUCAGACCAGAGCAUCUUGUUUCUCAUGGUCUGAGAGUCCUUGAGGUGCCUUUUGGCAAACUCCAAGCGGGCUGUCAUGUGCCUUUUACUGAGGAGUGGCGUCCUUCUGGCCACUCUACCAUAAAGGUCUGAUUGGUGGAGUACUGGAGAGAUGGUUGUCUUUCUGGAAUGUUCUCCCAUCUCCACAGAGGAUCUCUGGAGCUCUGUCAGAGUGAACUUUGGGUUCUUGGUCACCUCCCUGACCAAGGCCCUUCUCCCCCGAUUGCUCCGUUUGGCCGGGCAGCCAGCUCUAGGAAGAGUCUUGGUGGUUCCAAACUUCUUCCAUUUAAGAAUGAUGGAGGCCACAAGUUGUAGAAACAUCUCAAGGAUGAUAAAUGGAAACAGGAUGCACCGGAGCUCAAUUUCGAGUGUCAUAGGAAAGAGUCUGAAUACUUAUGUAAACAAGGUAUUUCUGUUUUUUUUUUUUUUAUACAUUUGAAAAAAUUCUAAUAAACUGUUUUCGCUUUGUCAUUAUGGGGUAUUGUGUGUAGAUUGAGGAUUAUUUAUUUUUUAAAUCCAUUUUAGAAUAAGGCUGUAACGUAACAAAAUGUUGAAAAAAUCAAGGGGUCAGAAUACUUUCCGAAUGCACUGUACUUCCAUUCAUUUUUUCCAACUGGUACGGGGGGGACCUGUACGUUUUCGUGAGUCUCACCUUUCCACAGAGUGUGUAGCCCAAACUGUUUCACCGCAGAUGGGGAAGUGCGAUAUCUCGGAUUGAGACGCAUCCAAUGCAAAAAAAACAUAUCUCCAGCUUAAACUGACAGAUCUUCAUGGUGAUUUUUAUUAUUACGCUAAUUAGAUUUCCGCGGGGGCGCAGACAUCGACUCUAUUAACUGCAUUUUGCCUGUGUGUUUGAUGCGUGCGUUUGUGUACUCAUCAUACGUGAACAUCUCUAAUAUAAAUAUUGUUUAUACAAAGGAUAAAAUAUACUAUAGGCCUAAUAGUAGUUUGUAUUACCUUAUUAAUCUUUAUCUUAUUAUCUAGUGCUUUGAUACACCAUCACUGUAGAAUGUGAUACGACUCAUGUGCAGGAUUGGAUCUUUCCUGUGUGAGGUAUUUUUCCACUGGGCUGGGAGGCUCUGGGACAAACACACAUGGUGUGAACAAUGCCAAUUAGCAGUGUCUGUGAUCAAAGGCAACAGACAGAAAGAAGUGUAUUGGUUCUGUAUGUGACCGGCAGCUAUUAGCUAGUGGAGACGGCAGUGAUGUGAUAAGUGCUGCUGCUGUGUGUGUGUGUGUGGUGUGUGUGUGUGUGUGUGUGUGUGUGUGUGUGUGUGUGUGUGUCCACUGUCCCCCUGGCUUGCCUUGCUGGCUUCACUGACCAGGGACUGUAUAGAAACACUGCCCCUUGUGACAUAUGUAUAUAACUGCAUGCUAUAUUGAUCACGUCUAUUGAUGGAUGGGGUUUGAGGGACCCAUAGAAAGCUCUCUCAUCUGUGAAAUGUUUUCUUCCUCCAUCUCACUUCCUCUUGAGGUCCGCUUCACUCUUCUGCUCACAGCAACUCUACCAAGACAAAGUAAAUGAUUUAUUGAUGAAUUAUGAUAUAUGAUAUGAAAGGGUUAGGAGGCUGAAUAAAGGUAUAGUGUCUGUCUGUUAUGUAACUGUUCCCUUCGCUCUCUCCUUCUGUCCCUCUCUCUCUCAGUUCCUGUAGUGAAGCAGGCUCUAGCACCAGGGGCCAAGGUAACACUGGGGCCCCAGUCUAUGCUCCACGUAGUACAGAAGAACAGGCAGGAGGCAGGCGGAGGAAUCUUCAAGUAAACACAAAACACACACACACACAGACAUCCAUGUACAAAUCCGAUGAUUUCGUUAAAAUGAGGCCUUAUAAACAGUUUCUCUCCCUCCAUCCAGGGAUGAUGAUGACAUAAAUGACGUGGCCUCUAUGGCUGGAGUCAACCUAUCAGAGGAGAGUGCCCGCAUUCUGGCAACCAACUCUGAGAUGGUCGGCGCGGUGACCCGCUCCUGUAAGGACGAGGCCUUCCUCUACACCUCCUCACUAACACAGAGAGUACAUGAGAUAGGUGAGACACGCACAUACACACACACAGACACACCACAGACACACCACACACACACAGACACACCACACACACACAGACACACCAUACACACACACAGACACACCAUACACACACACAGACACACCAUACACACACACAGACACACCAUACAGACACACCACACACACACACACACACACAGACACACCACACACACACACAGACACACCACACACACCACACACACACACACACACACACAGACACACUACACACACACACACAUACCACACACACACACACAGACACACCACACACACACACAGACACAGACACAACACGCACACACACACACACAUUCUAUACCUAAAAUCUCUGACAUCUCCUGUCCUGUUGUGUUGUAACAGGCAGGAGGUUAGGGGUGACUGACCUGGGGCCGGAGGUGAUCAACUACGUUUCCCAUGCUACACAGCAGCGGCUGCAGAACCUGCUGGAGAAAGUGACGGAGGUGGCGCAGCAGAAAAACAUCACCUUCAAGGUGAGAGAACAUAGCUUCUGUGGGUGUUUGUGUGGAAGAGGUUCACUAGAGAAGUUAUUUAAUGAGCUAUUGAAGUUGUAUGUUAUAUUUAGUCAAAACGGGGUUGUGAUUUGGUCUUUCAUCUUCACUGGUGCUAAUGGCAACGGGUUCGCAAAAAGUGCUGAAAUAAUUUGAUGAUGCCAAUGAUAAUAUCUGAUUGAACCAUGGUCCCAUGUAGCUCAGUUGGUAGAGCAUGGUGUUUGCAACGCCAGGGUUGUGGGUUCGAUUCCCACGGGGGGCCAGUAUGAAAAAAUGUAUGCACUCACUAACUCUGGAUAAGAGCGUCUGCUAAAUGACUAAAAUGUAAAAUGAACCAUUUUACCCUCGUAAUUCAUUAUUUAUCUUCCCCCUCUCCCCCUCCCCCCCUCCCCCUCCCCCUCUAUCACCCUCCCCCUCUAUCUCCCUCUCCCUCCCCCUCUCCCUCCCUCCCCCUCUCUCUAUCUCUCCUUCAGGAGGAUGAUAAGUAUGAACAGGUGAGUGACGUGCGAGCCCAGCUGAAGUUCUUUGAGCAGCUGGAUCAGAUGGAGAAACAGAGGAAGGAGGAGCAGGAGAGAGAGAUCCUGAUGAAGGCAGCUAAGGUAACUGAUGUAUAGCAGUUUGUGCCAUCUAGGGGUCAUAUACUGUAAGUGCCAGUAGUGGUGAUGCUGAAUACUGUGCCUCUUUCCUCCCCCAGUCUCGAUCACGGCAAGAGGACCCAGAGCAGCUUCGGCUUAAACAGAAGGCUAAAGAGGUGAGAGUACAGGGUUUGUGUAGCUGUAUACAUAGUGUGUGUAGCAUUAGCGUAACAUGUCGUAUGUGAAUGAAUUGUAGUGUUUCUCAUACUCUUUGUGUGUCAAUAUGUUCAUGUAUAGUGGGUGCGGGUAUGUGUGUGAGCAUGUCAUGUGUCUCUGUCUUCAGGCACAGGAGUCUUGUAUUGUAAUGCCUGUUCCCUGUGUGUGUGUGUGUUCUAGAUGCAGCAGCAGGAGCUGAAUCAGAUCAGGCAGAAGGAGGCCAACAUGACGGCCCUGGCAGCCAUCGGCCCCAGGAAGAAACGGAAAAUGAACUCCCCCGUCAGCGGAGCCGGGGCUGAGGUAGAGUAUCAUAACCAAACAUAGACCAGUAUUGUGGGCUGGAUCAUUGACUCUUGAUUGAUCUUAACAAAGAAAACAAUGCUUUUAGUUGAUAGCAGUUUAUGCAUACACAUAUUUUUGAAGAUCAACAUGGAUUACUUUACUUUCUCUGUCUUCCCCCACCUCUCUCUCCCCUUCUCCCUCCCUCCCUCCUCUCUCUCUCUCUUCAGGAUUCUUGCUCUGGUCCCUCUCCGUCAGGUGUGUACAAUAGCGGAGGCUCCAGGCCUCAGCGCCAGCGCAUCACCAGGGUCAACCUCAGGGACCUGCUCUUC